GGCGGGGAGGGCGCGGCCGAGGCCGCCCAGGCGCUCCCCGCCGCCCCGGAGGGCGGGGCCGCCGACGGCCAGGUGCAGGAGGCGGACUCCCCCAGCCAGAGCCAGGCCAACGGGCUGCAGGGCGGGGGGGAGGCGGCCGGCGCCAUCCAGCAGGUGAUCGUGGGCCAGGUGGGCCACCAGCUGCUGCAGCAGAUCCAGCUGCAGCCGCCGGCCCCGGGCCAGGGUCAGGGUCAGGGUCAGCAGCAGGCGCAGCACAUCCAGACGCUCCAGCUGGCCCCGGGCCAGACGCUGCAGCCCCUCCAGGCCUUCCAGAACCCGGCCCAGGUCCUCAUCCGCACCCCCACCCUCUCGCCCUCGGGCCAGAUCACCUGGCAGACGCUGCAGCUGCCCGGGGGCGUGUCCCUGCAGGGCGGCCUGGGCGCCGCCGUGCCGCAGCAGCUGACGCUGGCGCCCGUGGCCGGCGGGGCGGCGGUGGGCGGCGGGGGGCUGGUCUCCCUGGGCGGGGCCCCCCUCACGCUCAGCGCAGCCCAGAUCAACCCCGGCUCCGGGGUGCAGACGGUCAGCAUCGCGGGGCUGGGCACGGGCGGCGUCCAGGUGCAGGGCGUGCCCCUCACGAUCACCGGUCUACAGGGUCAACCACAGGGUCAGGACGGGGUCAAAGUCCAGUCUUCUCCGGUGACCGUCACCGUCGGCAACAUGGCCGCGGGCUCCUCCCUGAGUCCGGACCAGCUGGGCUCGGUUCAGAGUUCUUCGGACCAGGAGGGGCCGCCGGGCAAGAGGCUGAGGCGCGUGGCCUGCUCUUGUCCAAACUGCAGGGACGGAGAGGGAAGGAACAGCGGGGAUCCCACCAAGAAGAAGCAGCACAUAUGCCACAUGGAGGGCUGUGGGAAGGUGUACGGCAAGACGUCGCACCUGAGGGCCCACCUGCGCUGGCACACCGGCGAGAGGCCCUUCGUCUGCAACUGGAUCUUCUGCGGCAAGAGGUUCACGCGGAGCGACGAGCUGCAGAGACACCGGAGGACGCACACAGGGGAGAAGCGCUUCGAGUGUCCCGAGUGCUCCAAGCGCUUCAUGCGCAGCGACCACCUCUCCAAGCACAUCAAGACCCACCAGAACAAGAAGAGCGGCGCCGCCGUGGCCAUCAUCACCACCGACGACAUGGAGGAGGACCCCCCCGAGGGCCUGGGCGACUCGCCCCAGAUCGUCUCCGUGGGGACCCUGCCCCGCGACUCCGCCCCCGCCACGCCCACCACCUCCAACCACCUGGAGGAGGAGGAGGAGGAGGAAGAGGAGGAGUUUCAAUAGGUGACCGGCUCCCGUCGCUUUGCCGGAAGCGGACUUCCUGUUUUUUUGGAGGUCUCUGCAGGGAUCCUAAGGGUUUUCAACUUUUUCUUCUUCUUUUUUUUUUUAAUUUCAUAUAAUUAUGAAAAUCGUUGGCUCAUGAAAAGGGACUCAAAAGAGACGGAAUCAUGCAAGGAAGAUAAACUGAAAAAUAAAGACACUGCAAUCUAAGGAAGAAAACAAACUAACAUAUUAUAAAAACUUUAGACUGAGAGUAUGAAAGAUUAGUUUGGCAUUUAUAAAAAUUAAUAUAUAACAAUUCCACGUGAGGCGGAGGAAGACGCGUAAGUAGUUUAGCACAAGAAAGGGGAACCGGCUGAAACCAUCCGACACUGAGAGGCAUUUUCCGAACAGAAUCUAACUCUAUGCACAAAAUUGGGUUCCUGUCUCACACCUGUCAGACAGUGCUGAGGGUCAAUCAUGGCACAGGGGAGGUGCAGAGCAGCAUGGAGCCGGGGCAGCCAUGGGAACAGUGUGUGUGUGUGUGACUCGUUUGAACGUGUGUGGAUUUGUGUUUCCCACGCUGGACCCACACAGGAUCUACCUAACAGGAGUUUAAUUUAUGGUUCAGGUUUAGUCCUCAGAUCAGAUUUAAGUGUUGAUUCGUUUGAUUAAUCAGCAACUAAAGAUGCUCUUGAAAAUGAUAGGUAUGGAGUAAUUCCACAAAAGAAGGAGUGGAGAAAAAAAAAGCACAUUAAAAGUUAUAUGACAAAUGCAUUCCUAUGAGGCACAGAGGCCAUUAGAAGAAAAAAAAA